GCCUUGGCCGCGCGCCCUCCUGCGGAUCCCGGCAAGGGCGCCCGCGCCAGCCCACGACGCCCAGCAACCCGGCCGCGUCGCCGGCUCCCGCGUUCCUCCGGCAGCAAGACGCGGCGGGGCCCGCGCCCGCAGGCCAGCUCCCGGUUGCAGAUUUACCCCGGUGGAAGAGGGAGGCUUGGAAGAAGAGGGCCCCCGUGAUUUUAGCAGGUAUUUUUAUGCAGGACAUCGUUGCGCUCUAGAAGACGGAGGGGACGCCUGCAAAUGCAUCUCUGCAGUCUCCCCAGAUUUUAAGCCCACCCUCCGCAGUCAUUCUGUGGGCUCCCCCUCCCCAGCACCCCCCACUCCACUGGGGCAGAUGGCGGAGCGGAGGCAGGCUCUCCAUGGCAACCGCUAAAGCAGCCGCAUCCUCGCCGCCCCCCUCCCCAGCCAAAGGCAGCAGCUCCGCCUUUGCAAUCUGCGCUCUCCCUCUCCUCUUGCUCCCCGCCCCCAGCAUCGCCGAGGGUGGCGGGGAUCUGGAGUGACAGCCCGGGAGGCGUGGGGCGGGAUGCUCAGCUGAGCGAACCCCCUUCUGCAGUGUCUCCUUCCGUGGCCAGAGAAGCCGGAGCUCCAGGCUGGGGCUGACUCCCCACUCCUGCCCCCCAUAGCCGCUGCGAAGGGUCAGCGGGGCACCCAUGGGCAGGGGGGCCCAGAUGCCCCUUGCCCCCGGCAAGGGAGGGGGCUUGCUCCUGCGCUGGAGCGAAGUGCCCCCCAGCAUGACGGAGAGCUUCAUCCUGAGCGGCUACCGCUGCCCGGGCUACACCUUUGCCCAGUGCCUGGUCUCGGCCUUCCGGCCCACCAAUGAGACGGGCAACUUCUGGACGCACUUCCUGGCCGUCUUUGUCUUCGCCUUCCACUUCCUGGAGCAGUUCUGGGGCGAGGGCCCCGCGGUGCCCCAAGGCCCUCUGGACCCCUUCUACUACCCGCUCUGGAGCUACUUCCUGGGGGUCUGUGGCCUGCUGGUGGCAAGCAGCAUGGCACACCUCUUCAACUCCAUGUCGCUGGUCAUCCGGGAGAUCUGCUUCUACAUCGACUACGGCACCAUCAGCGCCUACACCGUGGGCUCCUCCUUGGCCUACUUCUACUACAUCCACCCCAGGGGAGGCGGAUCUCCACCGCCACCGCUACCGGGCACCGGCAACAACGUCUCCUCUCUGAGCGCCUGGCCCAGCUGGGAGGGUUCUGGCUGGCUCUCUGUCUUGGCGGGCCAGGUGGGCACGUGGUUUGAGGCCCUCUACGUGCCCAGCGCUUGCCUGAUCGCUCUCUUCUGCACCCUGGCCUGCUGCAGCACCCGCCAGCAGUGGCCGCGCUACCGCUACCUCAUCCGCACGCUGGUCUUCCUGCUGCCCUUUGGGGUGGUCUCCAUCCCCGUCUUCCGCAAGCUGUGGUGGGGCGGGGGUGGUGCUGCCGGCGGGCAUGGCACAGGCCGCUUCUUCCUGCGCCACUGCUUCUGGCUCCUGGCCUCCGGGAUCUUCAACGUCAGCAAGAUCCCCGAGCGCUUCAGCCCGGGGAAGUUCGACAUCUGGGGCCACAGCCACCAGUGGUUCCACUGCUGCACCUUCAUGAGCAUCCUGGACGAGCUGCACAUGAUCCGGGGGGAGAUCCGUGAGCUGGGCGCCGGGCUGCCCCUGCUGCCCAGGGCGCCCACUUUCCUCUCCACCUUUGGCGUGAUGCUGCUGCUGCUGACACUGCUCGCCAGCAUCGUGGGCUGGUUCGGGCUCAGGGCUUACGCCAGCCACCAGCGGAGCAAGGCCAGGAAAGGGGACUGAGGCGCACCGGCUCGUUUGCAUGGCUUCUGGGCGAGGUGCAAGGGAUGCUUGCUGAAAACUGGAAAACACUUGCUGUGUCUAGCACUCACACUGGAUUUAACUCUGGGGUGGGGAGGGGGAACGGAGAAGCUUGAAAUAAAAGGAAGAUGUGACUUGAACC